AUGGUUAAAACGCAAAUAUGGGAAAAACGCAAAUAUGGGAAAAAUCGCAAAUAUGGGAAAAAACACAAAUAUGGGAAAAAACACAAAUAUGGGAAAAACACAAAUAUGGGAAAAACACAAAUAUGGGAAAAACGCAAAUAUGGGAAAAACGCAAAUAUGGGAAAAACGCAAAUGUGGGAAAAACGCAAAUAUGGUAAAAACGCAAAUUUGGUAAAAACGCAAAUAUGGUUAAAACGCAAAUAUGGGAAAAACGCAAAUAUGGGAAAAACGGAAAUAUCGGGAAAACGGAAAUAUGGGAAAUCCGCAAAUAUGGGAAAAACGCAAAUAUGGGAAAACCGCAAAUAUGGGAAAAACGCAAAUAUGGGAAAAACGCAAAUAUGGGAAAAACGCAAAUAUGGGAAAAACGCAAAUAUGGGGAAAACGCAGGUAUGGGAAAAACGCAAAUAUGGGAAAAACGCAAAUAGGGGAAAAACGGAAAUAUAG